AUCGUUGUGUGUCCUGCUAUCGGUGGGCUUGCAGCUGGCGUGUGCGCGUGUGUACUACGCGGCGUCGGCGUUACGGUAGUGUAGCACUCAUGGCCGCCUUCAUGGGCAAGCCCGGUGCAAGCUCGGCGAUGGCUGCUGCCUUGCUGCUGACAGUCUUGAUAUCCCUUUCGUCGCAGCUAGGCCUUGUGGUGGGUGAAUCAUGCAACUUCUACAUCAAGGGCAGCAGAGGUGCAGUUCCGACAGUUACGCUACCGGGCAACAGUGAUACUUGCGUAGCUGGCCCUAUCGUUCACUACGUGGGCGGGGUGGAGAAGGCGACGAAGUACGUGAACUCGGAGAGGUGCGCCUUUGGCAAUUGCACGGAUGGUCCUUGGAAUUGCGAUGAUUGUCAAAAGUGUAAUCAAAAUCUCUAUACCUACAUGGACCAGGUGUGCAGGAGAAACCCGCACGAUCCGAUUUACGGCGAGUGCGUCAAAAUCAACAUCACUCAGGUUACGUACCAGGACAACACCGUGUGGCACGGCCUCGACUGUAUCAUCAUCAGGAUCAAAACGAAGUGAUGAACAAGAUGAAGGAGGAUCAGAAAGAAAGGCGACCACAAGUCGCCGAAGAGGACAAUUCCCCGAAGUCUCAUCGAAGUAUCUUCGUCCGCGUCGGUGAAGUUUCUUCACGUUGGCUGUGGAAAGACAGUUACAGGCACGAAGAAGAUCAUGACUAUAACAAUAGUAAUCCUUCAGUCAAUCAAUGGAUACCGGGAGGAGGGGAGGAGAAGAGGAGAGGAGAGGAGGAGAGGGAGAGAUCCUCUUCAUCUCUCGUCGUCGUCCUUCGCCUGCUCGUUCCCUGGCCUCCCGUACAACAGCGUGGAUGACAUGUGGAUGGGAAGACGUCAAUGAAAUGGGUAUUGAGGA